AUGUCUUCAUUCUUUUCUGACAUAUUUGUUGCUUCUCCAGCGACAGAAUGCCAGUUGAACACUGACGCUGGCUUCCUAACUGGCUAUGGCGCCACACAGACGCAAUCUCUCCUUUCAGGGUUAUCACCGCUUGUCCCUGCAGCUGGGCCACCUGUGCCCUCGGAGCUGGGGAUUUCCGCAGAGAUGCAGGCGAAGCUGGUCCAUGACUUCUUCGACUUUGUCCACUAUUCCAUCCCAUUAUUCCGGAAAGAAGACUUUCUCCAGCAGUACGAGGGCGGAACGAUCAACCGUUCUUUGCUGCUCACUGUCCUAGCUGUCACAGCAAAGUCUCUCGGCCUACCGCACGGUUGGCAGGUAGCCAACAUCGAUGAUUGUCUUCAACAACUGUUGAAGACCGACCCGUUGGAUGCUCCGACCCAGCCAGCCCUGUUGCUGGAUGCGUUCCGGCAAAGCUGCCUGCUCGCAUUUUAUCGGUUUCACCAGGGUCAUGGUGGGGAUGCAUGGGACUACAUCAGUCGUCUCUCGCGUAAGGCCCUGCGAUUAGGUCUGCAUCAGCUGGAUUCCACUGAUCGAUACAACUCGUUUGGCGACAUCUUGGCAAACCCAGCCAACCUGGAAGAAUGGAGAUAUGUUUGGUGGUGUAUCUACUGCUUGGACUCGUACUCGAACAUCACAGCAGCCACCCCAUUUGUCCUGGAAAAAGAGAGCAUACAGACCGCCUUAGUGGCUACUUCUCUGGAGGGCUCAAGCGAUAGCCGCGUUGGUAGUCGCGAACCGCAGUUUCUGCCCACAGAUACUAAAAAUCUGUGGCGCAUUUCAGCGGAAAUGGGCUGUCUUAGUACCCCUGCCUCUUAUUUUAACAUGCACAUCGUCACAACAUCUCUCCUAAGAGAAGCAGCGGCUAUUUUUCGGUUAAGGAGGCAAAACCCGUCGGAAGCUCUUCGAGACCGACAAUCUCAAUUCAGAGAUCACCUCUCGGCCGUAGUUCUUUCCUUGCCGCCACAGUUUCUCCGCGAAGCUCGCAACGCUUUUACCAAUGAAUCCAGCUUAGACCAUCAUGCUCGGCUUGUCUGUCUACUUCAUCUGCAUGCAGCACGACUUCUGAACACAAUCACAUUCGAUAUGUCGGACGAUUCGGAGUGGACCACGGCAUGA